AUGCCGAUGCCGAUCCGUCACAGCCCUACUCUGUCCUGCACAGGCACCAAGACGCCGGGAUGGACCACGACGAUGCUCAGUCCUGCACGGGCACCGGGACGCCGGGAUGGACCACGUCCAGUGCUCAUCAUGCCUUCAGCGGCUCGCUCGCAGCUGAAAUUUUUGCACCCGAAGACCAACCUAAUCAGCCAUGGCGCCAUCACGGCCACGCCCAAGUCGGCGCGUGCAGUAGCUGCUAGCGCUCGCCGUGUCCAUGGCAGGCUGCUCCUGCAGAGCUUCGUGGACUCGGCCGACAGCCGGCUCAGGCUGUCCCUCCAACUCGUCAGCGCCACCGUCGCCCGGAGCGAUGGGCGUGGCGUGAGAGGGGAGGCGGCGGUGCUGGACGUCGUCAUAGCGACCGGCGAGACAGAGCUCGACGUGGAGCUGCCGUGGGAAGACGAGGCCCUGGGCGUGCCCGGCGCGGUGCUCGUGACAAACCACUCCGACUUCCCCGUGUACCUGACGGUGCUGAGCCUGAGCUCGCCGGCCGUCCACUUCAUCUGCGACGGAUGGGUCCAUCCCGCCGGGAAGCACCCGUACCGCCUCUUCUUCACCAACGACGCGUACGUGAAGGAGAAGACGCCGGCGGCGCUGCUCAAGGACAGAGAAGACGAGCUCCGUGAGCUCCGGGGAGAAGGCGUGCCGGCCGACGAGCCGCUCCAGAAAUGGGACCGCGUCUACGACUACGCGGUGUACAAUGACCUGGGAAACCCGGACCUGCGCAAGGAUCUGGCACGCCCGGUGCUGGGAGGGUCCAAAGAGUACCCGUACCCUCGCCGCACCAGGACCAGCCGGCCUCCGACCAAGACAGAUCAUGAAAGCGAGGCUAGAGCACCAAUGGAGCAGGAGGAAGGGAUCUACGUCCCGUGUGACGAGUGGGUCGGCCCUGCUAUCUCGGCACCUAACCUUCCCAAACUAGGUGGACACUUCAAGUCCUUGGCGGAUAUCCACAGCCUCUUCGGACUCGGUCGGCCAACUCUUCUUUCCUUAGCCAUACAUGUUGUCGCUACUCUCUUCCGUAUCCUAGAUUCUGUUAGAAUUAAUGGGCUAGUGAAACCUGUUCACACAAAACUAGCAAUUCAAGGCAUAGUCCAUUUGAAUCCAGAGAAAUGGCGGACGGACGAAGAAUUCGCUAGGGAAAUGCUGGCAGGGACAAAUCCCGUGUCCAUCAAGCGUGUCACCGAGUUCCCACUCACCAGCGAGCUUGAGCUGGCUGUGUAUGGUGACCAAGAUAGCAGGAUAACCAAAGAGCACGUUGAGAAGAACAUGGGUAACAUGACUGCGCCGCAGGCUAUACAGGAGGGCAAGCUCUACGCUGUGGAUCACCACGACUGGGUGAUGCCGUACCUGAAGCGCAUCAACCAGCUGCCAGGCGCCGAGGAGAAGGCCGAGAUCUCCCAAAGGAAGGCGUACGCCGCUAGGACGCUUUUGCUGUUGCAAGACGACUGGACACUCAAGCCACUAGCGAUCGAGCUCAGCUCGCUGCACCCGGAGAAUGAGCGGCUCGGUGCCAUCAGCACGGUGUACUCUCCACCGGCGGCCAAAGCCGGUGACGGUACCUUCACGGCAUGGGAGCUCGCCAAGGCCCACGCCGCGGCGAACGACGCCAGCAAGAACAACUUUAUCUAUCACUGGCUGAACGCGCAUGCGUCGAUGGAGCCGGUGGUGAUCGCGGCGAACCGGCAGCUCAGCGUGCUGCACCCGAUCCACAAGCUACUCAAGCCGCACUUCCGCAAGACCCUGGAGACCAAUGCCACGGCGCGGCAGAUUAUCUUCGGCUCAGGCGACCGGCGAAAGGGCGGCGGCAUAUAUCGCGGCAUCCAUGAGGUCACCUUCUUCCCCAGCAAGUACGGCAUGGAGAUGUCCUCCAAGACGUACAGGACAUGGAACUUCACCGACCUUGCUCUCCCCAACGAACUCAUCAAGAGAGGUGUGGCGAGAGGCGAUCCGAAGAAGCCUGAAGAGCUGGAGCUGCUGAUAAAGGACUACCCGUACGCAGUGGACGGGCUGGAGAUCUGGACGGCCAUCAAGAAAUGGGUCACGGACUACUGCGCGAUAUACUACGGCGACGGCGACGGCGCCGUCGCACGCGACAGCGAGCUGCAGGAGUUUUGGAGGGAGGUGCGGCACGUGGGCCACGGCGACCUGAGCGACGCCCCGUGGUGGCCGGCGAUGGACUCCGUCGACGACCUCGUGGAGACCUGCGCCACCAUCAUCUGGCUCGGAUCGGCCUACCACUCGGCCGUCAGCUUCGGGCAGUACGCGUACAACGGCUUCGUCCCCAACCGCCCCACCAUCACCUCCGGGGAGAUGCCGGCCGACGCCGGUGCGGUGGUGACCGAGGCCGAGUUCCUCGGCAGCAUCACCCCGAAGAACGAGGCAUUCGGGCUCAUGGCGUUCACCAUGAGCCCGCCCGUGAAUCCGGGAGAGCCGCUCAUGGGAGAGCGGCCCGACACGGCGCGGUGGACGAGCGAGCAGCGGGCGGCCAAGGCGCUGCUGGAGUUCCGGGCGGAGCUGGAGGCUGUCGCGGAGGCCAUCGCACAGAGGAACGCCGACGGGAUGCUGAGGAACCGGGGCGGGCCCGUGGAGGUGCCGUACACGCUGCUGACGCCGACGGCGGAUCCUCUGUCACCACACAUCGCCGGAAUUCCCAACAGCAUCGCCGUUUGA